UCCAAGAUGGCAGCGUUGAUUUUGAUUAGUCGCAUUUCGAGGCCGUGCUAGUAACAGCAUCAGCAUUAGGAGGAGCAAAAACAGCGGCACAUCAGGAUCGGUAUUAGUUAAAUUUUCUAAUUUCCUUGUAGAGAUGAAACGUCUCGUUGUUACGUGCGAAAUUUAAUUUGAUUUGCGACUCAUCCUUCGUUUGUCGACAAAAGUGACCAGUAAACAAUUGAAAAACGACGACAAAUCACCGCAGUUUAUAAACAGAGAGACAACAAUAACGACAACGAUGGAAAAAAGACCAGGGGAUAGUCGACGAGAUCAAACGUCUCAACAAAAAUCAGGUCACAGCGGCAACAGUACCAGUAACAGCAGCAACAGCACCGCCGGAAUCAAUAGCAACAGUUCCGGAAUCAGCAGCAACAGCACCGGACUCAGCAGCAUCACUGUCAACGGGAACAGCAGUAACUCGCGUAAUCAUUAUCAUCAUCACCAUCAUGCUAAAAAGAGUAAACGACGAGGCAGUAAAAAGGGAAAUGGAAACUUGCCUCAGCCAGGUGAACUUGGGCAUUGCGUUGAUUCGCGUCAACAACAGGGACAGCAGCAGCAAUUCAAUUCACAACAAAAAGGCUACGUCUCUGUGCCUUCGAAUUCGGCAGCUCAGUUGGAGUACGGUAAAAUUUAUUGGCAACAGUCGCCGGUCCAGCAACAAUUACUCGCUACUCAAAACGGUCAGCGACUCUUCACAGCUGUUUCGGAUCCGACGGUUUGCGGCUAUUCACCGAUGCCUCUGACCUACGCAAUGGAGCCUGUUUCUUUGCCACCCAUGUAUCAGCUUUAUCAGCCUGUGCCGAGGCCUAGUUAUCACAGCUACCGAGGCAGGCCGCGGCACAAUCAUGCUCAGGGUGCAUCUGGGAUCUCAGGAGGCAAAAUUCCCAUGCCGUUCAACUAUGGCAACGGAUACGCCAACCUGCACGAGAAUAACGUCGGCUAUUCUACAGGCAUCGGCUAUCAAAAUGGGGACUACGCCAGCCUGCCGCCUGCCGCUAAUAUCGAAAAUGGUGUAACUGCUCAGGAACUAGGGUGCGAACAUAGGAGGUACUCUGAUCCUGGACUCGGACCUCUUCAAAUACCUAAAAUCGGCAAGAGCGAUGACUCGGAGUCAAUGGAUAGCGCCAGUUCUGUUACUACUAUCGAAAGAAGUAGUAAACUUGUUCUUUCGCUUAUCGAGCAGGUGACGGCUUUGAAGGGAAGCAAUAGUCAGCUUUUUAGAGAACUUCAUCAAACCAAAGCCGAGCUAGAAACGGUCAAAAUGGAAUUGAACAGAUUAAAACAAAGCAGUUUCGCCGAUUAUCAACCCGGAAUGUUAUCAGAUAUCGUCAGGGAGAUGAGAGAGGCGGCAAAAGUACGCGAGGAAUCGUUAAUAUCAAAGGUAAAAUCAAUGAUGAACGAAAAGCAGCCCUUUUCAUCGAUCCCUGAUACGGCGACGACGGAAUUGGAUGAGUUGAAGAAUCAAUUAGCGCGGAUCACUGACGAGAAGACAGAGACUGAAGUCCGACUUGCCAAAGUUGAGCAGGAAUUAGCUGCACUUAAAUCAAGCGCAAACGACGAGGGUCAGGAGAUAGUCGCCCUCGAAGAAGAGACGCUGGCCUUGCGUCGGGAGCUCCAGGAGGCGAGGGCGUCGAGAAAUAAGGCCCAAAAUCAGGCAUCAAAGUGCGUAGUAAAAAACGCCGAAGUAGCUGCCGCUUCUCCAAGGCCUGUCACGCCUGACAACCAUCACGUCACCAAAACAAAAACCAAAACCACCACCACCACCACCACCACCACCACCGCCAUGCAUAAUUAUACCACAGUAACACAGCCAUCGCAAUUACCGCAACACGCUGCAGUCAUAAUCAGUAACACCGAUCACGUAAUCGCACCUCUACCGUCCCAGUCAAAAGAUACCGAUACCGAUCCCGAUACCGAUCCCGUUACCGAUUUCUCUCCGAUCGCUUCGAAAUCCUGCGAAAAUACUCCCCCGAGUAUCGAGAACGCUUUGUCAAAGUUUAAACCGGUUUUCGAUGAAGAAAUCGGCGCCGAUUUUCCAUUUUUUAAUCAUGAGAUCGAUGAUAAUCGAUAUCGCGAAUCGGUGGAAAAAAAUUAUUGUACGAACGACGAUCGGGAGGAGAAAAUAUUGGACAAAAAUCAUUUCACAACUUCAACUUCAACCCCUAUGAAGACUGACGGUUCUUGCAAUAACGAUUCCGCAGUAACGAAUAACGCGAUACGCGAUGUUUUUGACAAGUGUAUCCGGGAUUUUAACGAUCAGGAAUUUUUCAACAACGAAACGGAUGAUCGCAAAUCACCGGAUAUUAUCGAAUUGAAGGAAAUGCAAGCGAAAAAUUUCAACGCCAAUGACUGCAUCGACGAUAUACCGGAAGUUGCCGUCGUCGAUGGGAAAUCCUUCGGGCGUCUUAAUAUCGUUAAGAAACCGGCGUGCUCCGUUAGAAUUAUUAAUUCCAAAGGCCUCAAACCUCCACCGACAAAGGCAACUUACACCACUGCUUAUAUAUAGAAAAAUAGGAAAAUUGGGCAUUUCGUUAUUGUUAGAUACGAUUUAGUCCGAUCAUCGAAUUCCGGAUUUUUCACAAAUCAAUUGAAAAUCUACGAAAAUUGUGAACCAACAUUUUACUUAGAUACUUCUUUUCUAACGAUAAGGAAAUUUUUUAAUUCCCGUUAGUGACAUUUUUUUAAAUUUUUCCCAAAAAAAAAAAAAAAAAAAAAAAUCAAACGCAGGGAAAAUUCUUAUCUGUUGAUGUUUGUUUUUUUUUUUCUAGCUUUAUUCAUACCGUAAAAAAUUGACACAUCGUUCAAGAAACGAUGCAGACUUUCAACUUUCGGUUAAUUUGUUUAAAAUUUUAUCGAAAUUGGAGUCCCC